AGAGGCAAAGCUCAGGGCUCCUCUGACGGCACGUCUUCACCAUGAGUGGGUGCCCAUUUUUAGGAAGCAGCUUUGGAUAUGCUUUUAAAAACCUCUCUGUACAAGGCAGUGAAGAAGACAAAUCACAAAUGGGUGUGAAUAGAGCCAGUAAAGGGGGACUUAUCUAUGGGAACUACCUGCAAUUGGAAAAAGUUUUGAACGCGCAGGAACUUCAAAGUGAAAUAAAAGGAAAUAAAAUCCAUGAUGAGCAUCUUUUCAUCAUAACUCAUCAAGCUUAUGAACUCUGGUUUAAGCAGAUCCUCUGGGAAUUGGAUUCUGUUCGCGAGAUCUUUCAGCAUGGCCAUGUCAGGGAUGAGAGGAACAUGCUAAAGGUGGUAACCCGAAUGCACCGCGUGGUGGUGAUUCUCAAGCUCUUGGUCCAGCAGUUUUCCGUCCUGGAGACCAUGACAGCCUUGGACUUCAACGACUUCAGAGAGUACUUAUCCCCGGCAUCAGGCUUCCAGAGUCUGCAGUUCCGACUGUUAGAAAACAAGAUAGGGGUUCUUCAGAGCUUGAGGGUCCCUUACAACAGAAGACACUACCGUGAUAACUUCAGGGGAGAAGACAACGAGCUACUGCUGAAGUCCGAGCAGGAAAGGACCCUCCUGCAGCUGGUGGAGGCAUGGCUGGAAAGAACCCCAGGUUUAGAGCCACAUGGAUUUAACUUCUGGAGAAAGUUUGAAAACAACAUUGUCAAAGGCCUGGAUGAAGAAUUCACAAGAAUUCAGGCCAAGGAAGAGUCAGAGGAAAAGGAGGAACAAAAGGCUGAAUUUCAGAAGCAGAAAGAGGUGUUGCUAUCCUUAUUUGAUGAGAAACGCCAUGAGCAUCUCCUUAGUAAAGGAGAGAGACGGCUAUCAUACAAAGCACUUCAGGGGGCCUUGAUGAUAUACUUUUACAGGGAAGAGCCCAGGUUCCAGGUCCCUUUCCAGCUGCUGACCUCCCUCAUGGACGUGGACUCGCUCAUGACCAAGUGGAGAUACAGCCACGUGUGCGUGGUGCACCGGCUGUUGGGGAGCAAGGCGGGCACCGGCGGGUCCUCGGGGUACCAGUACCUGCGCUCCACGGUGAGUGACAGGUACAAGGUGUUUGUAGAUUUAUUUAAUCUCUCAACAUAUCUGGUUCCCCGACACUGGAUACCGAAGAUGAACCCAAUUAUCCAUAAGUUCCUUUACACAGCUGAAUACUGUGACAGCUCUUACUUCAGCAGUGAUGAAUCAGAUUAA